UCCCGCGCCGCUCUCUUAACCCCCUGCCUUUUUCUCGGCCCCCUAGGGCGGCUGAGCCCCCCGGCCUGUACCCUGCGCAAGCACAAAACCAACCGCAAGCCGCGGACACCCUUCACCACCGCGCAGCUGCUGGCGCUGGAGCGCAAGUUCCGCCAGAAGCAGUACCUGUCCAUUGCCGAGCGCGCCGAGUUCUCCAGCUCGCUCAGCCUCACCGAGACGCAGGUGAAGAUCUGGUUCCAGAACCGCCGCGCCAAGGCCAAGAGACUGCAGGAGGCAGAGCUGGAAAAGCUGAAGAUGGCCGCCAAGCCCAUGCUGCCCCCGGCUGCCUUUGGCCUCUCCUUCCCGCUCGGCGGCCCCGCGGCGGUAGCGGCCGCGGCCGGCGCCUCGCUCUACGGGGCCUCGGGCCCCUUCCAGCGCGCCGCGCUGCCGGUGGCGCCCGUGGGACUCUACACAGCCCAUGUGGGCUACAGCAUGUACCACCUGACAUAGAGGGUCCCAGGGUCCCCUCCCUGUGGUACCAGCCGAUUCCUCCAGCCCCGCUCUCCUGCCAGCCGCAGGAGCCAUCCCCCAACGAGCUCCCUUGUUCGGCACCGCCCGGCUCCUUCCCCUUUAACCCCCACGCUGCUCUGGUUUAUCCUCGGCUGCUCCCUGCGUUCACUCUCCAAUGUCUGAUCCCCUUCCCCAAAGUGGCUGGAAGGGGCCCUUAACACUCCUCUAGAAUCUAGAUCUACGCUUUGUGUUACAGAUGGAGAAACUGGGGUUAGAGAGGUGUAGACUUCCCCGCGGUCCCCAGCACAGUUAGCGGUUGGACCGGCACUAGGCUGCUGCGUCCUGUCCUGACAUCAGGCAGGAGAAGCACAGGGAAACUCACGACUGAAGAUUUUGGAAAAUAAGAACAGUUGGAGAAAAAGAAAAGAGCAAGCCAGGGGAGAUGGAAACCCCGGUCCUUCCAUCGGAAAACUUCAGAGAUCUUCAACUGCAAAACGUCUGCUUUUGGUGGGGGGAGGGGGUCACACAGAUGCGUUGCCAAGGUAGGUUGAAGGGACCUCUCUCACCAGUACCAGAAAAAAACUGUAAAAUAAAAUUUAAAACUCCUGUUUCUAUUUAACAGUACAUUUGUGUGACUCUCACGAAUCCCUUUGGAAGGGGUUGUGUGUAAUAUACUGUAUAUUUGAAAUUUUAUUAUCAUUUAUAUUAUAGCUAUAUUUGUUAAAUAAAUUAAU